AAGAUUCCUCCAUUGAUUGGCUCAUCAUUAGUUGGAAUUAUAAAAUGGUGAAAAAGAACAACGAUGUGCAUAGUAAGGGCAAAAAUCCAAAAACAACAAAAGACGAGUCCAAGAUGGUGAUUCAUCGGAAGACGGGUUAUUUUAACUUUCUGAAAAUAAAGGGCGAUGAAAUGAAGAAACAAAAAAUAGUGGAGAAAGUGGAUACGAAGACGAAGAAGGAAAUUGCUAAUAUGUGGCAAAAGUUGGAUGCUACUCAAAAAGCAAAGUAUGAAUCUAAAACACCUUCAACGAACGCCUCGAACAAGUGUUGUUUGAAGAUAGGCACACGAUGCAGUCUGAAGGAUAUAAAGGACACUAUAAAUGUUUUAAGCGAUGAGAAAAAAGCAGCCAUUGAAGAAAUGGGAUUUGUUUCGUUGUUGGAAAUGAAGUGCGGAAAACUGUCUCAUUCAAUGUGUCGUUUUUUGGUUGAUAAAUUGAAUCCUGUUGAAUCAUCAAUUGUGCUACAUGGGAAAACAUUUAAGAUAUCUGUGGAUGACUUUGUGCGCAUAAUGGGUGUUAAGGAUGGAGGAGAGGAAGUUGACUUCACCGGAUCCAUGGAUGACCAACACAUUGUAAAGGUGCGAAAUUUUUUUUUGGGCGGGAAGAAGCUUUUAAAAAAUAAUGAGUUGAAGCAGAUAAUGGUGGGGACAGAAGAAGCAAGUGACUUUUUCAAAGUUGGUUUUGUCAUGUAUGCUUUAUGCACAUUGCAAUGUCCAACCACUUCCGUGUAUGUGAAUCUAAAAUAUCUGCUUCCGUUAAGAGAUAGCAAGGCAAUAGCAAGGAAAAAUUGGGCAAGUUAUUCUUUGAGAUUUUUAUUAGACAGUGUCAGGUCAUUUAAGGAGAACAAUCAAGUUUACAUCGGUGGUUGCUUGUUAUUCCUUCAAUUGUUUUACCUUGAUGCUAUAGCUCAUGGUAGCGUACUUGUGGAUAGGUCUGUGCUACCACUCACUGUGUGGGGGAAAGUAGAGACCGAAAAAAUGAAGAAGUGGCUACAAAAAAGAGGGGGGUUUGAAAGUGAUAAGGUAGUUGUUAUGAAAACUGAAUAUGGAGGCCUCGGAGAUGAUGCCAAAACAAUGACUCACUUUGCUGAAGAGUUAAGUUCAAUAAAAAAGGAUGUGGCAACUUUGGUGGCCACUAUUGCUCGUAUGGACGAAUCGCUCUCCAAGAUUAUGUCUGAGUUAUCAUCAAAAAAUGAAGAGAAAGAAAGAACAUUGCGCACUCCAUGCCCUCAUGAACUGGAAGUUAAACUGAAUAAGGAAGAUGAUAACAUGUUUAAUAUGGGGAGUGAUGGGGGACAAAAAGACCUUGGAAAUGCUAAACCUCCAAAAAGUAGGCCAAACAAAGAAGACGGAACUCCCAACGAGCAAGAUGACAAUGUGAAAGGAUUUGCAACUGUUGAUAAAACUUUGACUCCCUCUGUUGAAGUCAUCCGUGAGAGAAAACAUGCAAAACAACCUCAGAAUGAGGAUAAAAUGGGUCACAACGACGUAAAAAGUUUGUUCUUAGAGAAUUGUAGUUCAACUUCAACAAGGGAUCCGAUAGUGACUCGUGCAACAGCGAUUAGAAAGCCGGGUCCCCACAAGAGAACUCCUUAUGAAGACAUAAAUGCGUUGAAAGCUAAAGCAAAUGCAAAAACCCGACAAGUAAUUACUCACGAGCGGAUUAUGAAAAGAUUGAGUGUCGGUCCAUUCCGGAUGAGCAACGAUAUUUCUGAAGAUGAUAGAGAUCUACUAAGUUUUGCAUUUUGUUGCAAUCCAUUAGAUCCAAAAGUUUGGAGUGAACUACUCGUUGACACUGGUGUUGUAGCUAUAGAUCGUCACCAUUUUGGAAGCCUUGCCCCUGGGUUGCCUCUCUUUGAUGAUGUAAUCAAUGUAAUGGCAGAAUAUUUAUAUGAUACCACCUCCACAAAAUGGUUCCUACCUACGUAUUUUUGGUCGGAAGGCGCCAAGUUCGUACGUCCCAGUGAUCGUAUGACAUCAUGUGCUAGGACACACAAGCUUUGUCGUCUCGCAAGAUUUAAUGGGCGACUGAAGGAUUGCAUGCAGAUCUAUAUUCCGAUGCACGAUGAUGUAAUGGGUCAUUGGUAUCUUUUGGUUUGUGACAUAUUCCAUAAGAAAGCUGAAAUUUGGGACAGUUUACCUGAUCGGAGUCACAAUAAGAAACGCGAGAACGAUUGCCAUAUUAGUUUGUUGUACCUAGACUCCGUUUUUCAUGAUGACAUAUUGUCGGUAUUUGGGACGGGGUGGACGUUCUCCUCCUUUUCUUUUGUGUCCCCAUUGGAUGCCAAUCCCAUCCAACCUAAUGGUGUGGAUUGUGGCAUUUUUGUCAUAAGACACAUGCAACAUUAUCGUCAAUUGUGGUAUGACCGGUACGACUCUAAUGUACAACGAAUGCGACUUGCUAUUGAGUUGCUCCGAAAUGAAAAAAAUCAAUUGCGUGAUGCGAUAAUACGUGAAGCAUUGAAACUGAUGCACAAUGGAUCUGAUUUUAUGGCAAAGGGGAACAAGAUUGGUAAUGUUGAGGUUAAAGACAAGGAUAUGGCGGAUGUCACC